GUCCCAAGGAUACCAGAUAGCAUGUAAUGCCAGUCCGAAUGAUUUCGCUCGUUGUAUUUGGAUAGAGCGAUUCAUUCUGUUAUAACGAGAGGACACCAGUGUAGGCUAGGCUACGCAACGACAAAAACACUCGAUAGAUAGAAAGAAAAGCGGAUUAUAUUCCUUGUUUUUGAAACCCAGAGGGUGGAUAAUCGUGGAUUACUUGGUGAACGCAAGUGGACAUCUGGUCGAACUAGAACGAUGUCUGUCGCGGGGCUGAAAAAGCAGUUCCACAAAGCCACCCAGAAAGUCAGUGAGAAGGUUGGAGGAGCAGAAGGAACCAAGCUCGAUGAUGACUUCCUUCAGAUGGAAAAGAAGGUGGACACCACCGGUAGAGCAGUGCUGGACAUCAUGACCAAAACUACAGAAUACCUACAGCCCAACCCAGCGUCCAGGGCCAAGCUGAGUCUGAUAGGGACCAUGUCUAAGAUCAGAGGACAGGAGAAGGGGAUGGGUUACCCCCAGGCUGAGACUCUACUGGGUGAGGCCAUGCAGCGCUUUGGACGGGAGCUGGGAGAACAGUCAUGCUUUGGUCUGGCUCUCCUAGAUGCUGGGGAGGCCAUGGGUGAGCUGGGGGAAGUGAAGGAUGCCUUGGAUAUGGAGGUCAAACAGAACUUUAUUGAUCCUCUACAGAACCUACAGGAAAAAGACAUUAAAGAGAUACAGCUCCACCUGAAGAAGAUGCAGGGACGCCGCCUGGACUUUGACUAUAAGAAGAAACGUCACGGUAAAGGAGUCCUAGAGGAGGAGAUCAGACAGGCGCUGGAGAAGUUUGAUGAGUCCAAAGAAGUGGCAGAGCAGAGCAUGUUCAACCUGCUGGAGAGUGAUAUUGAGCAGGUGAGUCAGCUAGCAGCGUUGGUCCAGGCCCAGGUGGAGUAUCACAGACAAGCUACAGAAAUACUACAGCAGCUCUCCAGCAAGGUGCACGAGAGGAUUCGGGAGGCACAGGAUAAACCCAGGAAGGAGUAUGUUCCUAAACCCCGGAUGGUCCUGGAGCUGCUACCCCCCAGCGACAGCCACAAUGAGGGGCUCAACACCGGCCCAGGCCCCGCCCGCUCCCCAGGCCCCGCCCACUCCCCAGGCCCCGCCCACUCCCCAGGCCCCGCCCGAUCCCCAGGACCCGCACGCACUCCCGGGCGCUCCCCUGUUCCCAUGGACCAGCCGUGCUGCCGGGCGCUGUAUGACUUUGACCCGGAGAACGAGGGUGAGAUGGGAUUCAAGGAGGGCGAUGUCAUCACCUUAACCAAUCAGAUCGACGAUAACUGGUACGAGGGCAUGAUCAACGGCAAAUCAGGUUUCUUCCCCAUCAACUACGUAGAUAUCCUGGUUCCACUUCCUCACUAGGCCGUACCCCCGCCCCCAACCAAUCCACACCCCCUCCCACCUCUGCCUAGCCUAAGCCACGCCUUCUUCUCUUCUUCGCUUAUGUGAGUGCAGCCGCUUUUCACAACUUUGAGGAACAAAAGACUACAAUUGUACAGGAUUCUGCUGACAGAUGAAGAAGAGGAGGAGAGUAAUAAAAGAUGAAGAAUCGUCUGCUUCAUCCCCCUCAGUGGGAUCAAUGUGCUUGCAGUGUUGAAUGUCAGUAUUACGAAGAGGAUAUGUGUAAAGAUGGAGUCCUGUGUAUACCAAUGGAGACUGCUGAGGGGAGGGCGGCUCAUAAUAAUGGCUGGAACAGAAUAAAUGGAACGGCAUCGAACACAUAUACCCUCCUGUACGGUUUAAUCUCCAACCCUGUUCCUGGAUAACCACCCUCCUGUAGGUUUAAUCUCCAUCCCUGUUCCUGGAGAGAUACCCUCCUGUAGGUUUAAUCUCCAACCCUGUUCCUGGAGCAAUACCCUCCUGUAGGUUUUAACUCCAACCCUGUUCCUGGAGAGAAACCCUCCUGUAGGUUUUAACUCCAACCCUGUUCCUGGAGAGAUACCCUCCUGUAGGUUUUAACUCCAACCCUGUUCCUGGAGAGAAACCCUCCUGUAGGUUUUAACUCCAACCCUGUUCCUGGAGAGAUACCCUCCUGUAGGUUUUAACUCCAACCCUGUUCCUGGAGAGAUACCCUCCUGUAGGGUUUAACUCCAACCCUGUUCCUGGAGAGAGACCCUCCUGUAGGUUGAACUAACUAAAGACUGGUAGAAACAGAGUAGAGAGCUGGUUGAACUAACUAAAGACUGGUAGAAACAGAGUAGAGAGCUGGUUGAACUAACUAAAGACUGGUAGAAACAGAGUAGAGAGCUGGUUGAACUAACUAAAGACUGGUAGAAACAGAGUAGAGAGCUGGUUGAACUAACUAAAGACUGGUAGAAACAGAGUAGAGAGCUGGUUGAACUAACUAAAGACUGGUAGAAACAGUAGAGAGCUGGUUGAAAUAACUAAAGACUGGUAGAAACAGAGUAGAGAGCUGGUUGAACUAACUAAAGACUGGUAAAACCAGAGUAGAGAGCUGGUUGAACUAACUAAAGACUGGUAGAAACAUAAGAGAGCUGGUUGAACUAACUAAAGACUGGUAGAAACAGAGUAGAGAGCUGGUUGAACUAACUAAAGACUGGUAGAAACAGUAAAGAGCUGGUUGAACUAACUAAAGACUGGUAGAAACAGAGUAGAGAGCUGGUUGAACUAACUAAAGACUGGUAGAAACAGAGUAGAGAGCUGGUUGAACUAACUAAAGACUGGUAGAAACAGAGUAGAGAGCUGGUUGAACUAACUAAAGACUGGUAGAAACAGUAGAGAGCUGGUUGAACUAACUAAAGACUGGUAGAAACAGUAGAGAGCUGGUUUAACUAAAUAAAGACUGGUAGAAACAGAGUAGAGAGCUGGUUGAACUAACUAAAGACUGGUAGAAACAGUAGAGAGCUGGUUGAACUAACUAAAGACUGGUAGAAACAGAGUAGAGAGCUGGUUGAACUAACUAAAGACUGGUAGAAACAGUAGAGAGCUGGUUGAACUAACUAAAGACUGGUAGAAACAGACUAGAGAGCUGGUUGAACUAACUAAAGACUGGUAGAAACAGUAGAGAGCUGGUUGAACUAACUAAAGACUGGUAGAAACAGAGUAGAGAGCUGGUUGAACUAACUAAAGACUGGUAGAAACAGAGUAGAGAGCUGGUUGAACUAACUAAAGACUGGUAGAAACAGAGUAGAGAGCUGGUUGAACUAACUAAAGACUGGUAGAAACAGUAGAGAGCUGGUUGAACUAACUAAAGACUGGUAGAAACAGUAGAGAGCUGGUUUAACUAAAUAAAGACUGGUAGAAACAGAGUAGAGAGCUGGUUGAACUAACUAAAGACUGGUAGAAACAGAGUAGAGAGCUGGUUGAACUAACUAAAGACUGGUAGAAACAGAGUAGAGAGCUGGUUGAACUAACUAAAGACUGGUAGAAACAGAGUAGAGAGCUGGUUGAACUAACUACAGACUGGUAGAAACAGAGUAGAGAGCUGGUUGAACUAACUAAAGACUGGUAGAAACAGUAGAGAGCUGGUUGAACUAACUAAAGACUGGUAGAAACAGAGUAGAGAGCUGGUUGAACUAACUAAAGACUGGUAGAACCAGAGUAGAGAGCUGGUUGAACUAACUAAAGACUGGUAGAAACAGUAGAGAGCUGGUUGAACUAACUAAAGACUGGUAGAAACAGAGUAGAGAGCUGGUUGAACUAACUAAAGACUGGUAGAAACAGUAAAGAGCUGGUUGAACUAACUAAAGACUGGUAGAAACAGACUAGAGAGCUGGUUGAACUAACUAAAGACUGGUAGAAACAGUAGAGAGCUGGUUGAACUAACUAAAGACUGGUAGAAACAGAGUAGAGAGCUGGUUGAACUAACUAAAGACUGGUAGAAACAGAGUAGAGAGCUGGUUGAACUAACUAAAGACUGGUAGAAACAGAGUAGAGAGCUGGUUGAACUAACUAAAGACUGGUAGAAACAGUAGAGAGCUGGUUGAACUAACUAAAGACUGGUAGAAACAGUAGAGAGCUGGUUUAACUAAAUAAAGACUGGUAGAAACAGAGUAGAGAGCUGGUUGAACUAACUAAAGACUGGUAGAAACAGUAGAGAGCUGGUUGAACUAACUAAAGACUGGUAGAAACAGAGUAGAGAGCUGGUUGAACUAACUAAAGACUGGUAGAAACAGUAGAGAGCUGGUUGAACUAACUAAAGACUGGUAGAAACAGACUAGAGAGCUGGUUGAACUAACUAAAGACUGGUAGAAACAGAGUAGAGAGCUGGUUGAACUAACUAAAGACUGGUAGAAACAGUAGAGAGCUGGUUGAACUAACUAAAGACUGGUAGAAACAGAGUAGAGAGCUGGUUGAACUAACUAAAGACUGGUAGAAACAGAGUAGAGAGCUGGUUGAACUAACUAAAGACUGGUAGAAACAGUAGAGAGCUGGUUGAACUAACUAAAGACUGGUAGAAACAGAGUAGAGAGCUGGUUGAACUAACUAAAGACUGGUAGAACCAGAGUAGAGAGCUGGUUGAACUAACUAAAGACUGGUAGAAACAGUAGAGAGCUGGUUGAACUAACUAAAGACUGGUAGAAACAGAGUAGAGAGCUGGUUGAACUAACUAAAGACUGGUAGAAACAGUAAAGAGCUGGUUGAACUAACUAAAGACUGGUAGAAACAGACUAGAGAGCUGGUUGAACUAACUAAAGACUGGUAGAAACAGUAGAGAGCUGGUUGAACUAACUAAAGACUGGUAGAAACAGAGUAGAGAGCUGGUUGAACUAACUAAAGACUGGUAGAAACAGUAGAGAGCUGGUUGAACUAACUAAAGACUGGUAGAAACAGACUAGAGAGCUGGUUGAACUAACUAAAGACUGGUAGAAACAGUAGAGAGCUGGUUGAACUAACUAAAGACUGGUAGAAACAGAGUAGAGAGCUGGUUGAACUAACUAAAGACUGGUAGAAACAGAGUAGAGAGCUGGUUGAACUAACUAAAGACUGGUAGAAACAGAGUAGAGAGCUGGUUGAACUAACUAAAGACUGGUAGAAACAGUAGAGAGCUGGUUGAACUAACUAAAGACUGGUAGAAACAGUAGAGAGCUGGUUUAACUAAAUAAAGACUGGUAGAAACAGAGUAGAGAGCUGGUUGAACUAACUAAAGACUGGUAGAAACAGUAGAGAGCUGGUUGAACUAACUAAAGACUGGUAGAAACAGUAGAGAGCUGGUUGAACUAACUAAAGACUGGUAGAAACAGAGUAGAGAGCUGGUUGAACUAACUAAAGACUGGUAGAAACAGUAGAGAGCUUGUUGAACUAACUAAAGACUGGUAGAAACAGUAGAGAGCUGGUUGAACUAACUAAAGACUGGUAGAAACAGAGUAGAGAGCUGGUUGAACUAACUAAAGACUGGUAGAAACAGAGUAGAGAGCUGGUUGAACUAACUAAAGACUGGUAGAAACAGUAGAGAGCUUGUUGAACUAACUAAAGACUAGUAGAAACAGUAGAGAGCUGGUUGAACUAACUAAAGACUGGUAGAAACAGUAGAGAGCUGGUUGAACUAACUAAAGACUGGUAGAAACAGAGUAGAGAGCUGGUUGAACUAACUAAAGACUGGUAGAAACAGAGUAGAGAGCUGGUUGAACUAACUAAAGACUGGUAGAAACAGACUAGAGAGCUGGUUGAACUAACUAAAGACUGGUAGAAACAGUAGAGAGCUGGUUGAACUAACUAAAGACUGGUAGAAACAGACUAGAGAGCUGGUUGAACUAACUAAAGACUGGUAGAAAUAGACUAGAGAGCUGGUUGUAUAGACUGUAAUUGGGUCCAAUGUAUUGCAUGCUGGGACAUUUAAGGUUUAGUGUUGACGUUUAAAAAGAGAAUAGUAUAAUAAUUGUGACAUGUUGACGAUAGUGGUGAGGAUGAUGAGGACGAAGAUGACGUCACAGAUGUACAUAGGCUUCUGUUGUGAUCUUUCCUAUAUUAUGUGUGUUAUACCUGUCAGACGUCAAUAAACAGUUUUCUCUGUCACAAGUCAAUAACAGCCCAGUGGUUGUAUCUGCCACUGACCCUCCACCCCAAAGCCUAGUGUUUUAAGAGCGUUGGGACAGUAACUGAAAGGUCGCUGGUUCGAAAUCCCAGAGCUGGCAAAGGUGGACAAAUCUGCCGUUCUGCCCUGUUCUGCCAACAACUGCUUCCCCAUGCGCCGAUGACGUGGACGCCGAUUAAGGCAGCCCCCGGCAACCCCCCGGCAGCCCCCCGGCAACCCCCCGGAUGGGUUAAAUGCAGAAGACACAUUUCAGUUGAAGGCAUUCAGUUGUGAAACUGACUACGUACUCCCAAGGUAUCCCCUCUUUCCCAAAUGGUACUCUAUUCCCUAUAUAGUACACUACUUUUAGUUGGAGGGACAGGAGGAGAGUAACUAGGCUGUGUCCGAUUAGAUCUGUAGGCUGACAGGCGUCCACUGGACAUGUCCUCUGUUGAGAAGAGAGACAACGUGACUUGAGAUGGAGGGAAGCAAGUUGACAGUCAGAUAUCUCUACAAUACAGCAUUCUACCAUUACAGAGUAAAAGUCCCCGUUUCAGAGUAAAAGUCCCCUUCUUGUACAAGGUAUGACGAGACAGAGCAGGCCUGUCUGUUUUACAAGGUCAGGUCUGCGUCUCAGAUGGCACCCUAUUACCCAGUGGCGGUUCUAGCAUGUAUGGCUCCCUGGGCGAACCCCCCCCCCCCCCCCCUCAAAAAGCAUCGUUCUGCACUAACUGUCAUUUUUAUCAAGACAUUUGGAACAACACAAAUAAAUAAUCCAAACAUUUAAAACUAUAUAAAUAUACAAAUAUAUACAAAACUAAGACUCAUAAAUAUCAAAGAGAAGCAACAAUGACAAAUAGAAAAAAAUUGUGUUGAUUUGGCACUCGAACAUCAAUACAUUACCCCUCCCACAAUACUGUCAACCAGGACUACAUUACCCCUCCCCCAACACUGUCAACCAGGACUACAUUACCCAUCCCCCAACACUGUCAACCAGGACUACAUUACCCAUCCCCCAACACUGUCAACCAGGACUACAUUACCCAUCCCCCAACACUGUCAACCAGGACUACAUUACCCAUCCUCCAACACUGUCAACCAAGAGUCUAGACUACAUUACCCAUCCCCCAACACUGUCAACCAAGAGUCAAGACUACAUUACCCAUCCCCCAACACUGUCAACCAAGAGUCAAGACUACAUUACCCAUCCCCCAACACUGUCAACCAAGAGUCAAGACUACAUUACCCAUCCCCCAACACUGUCAACCAAGAGUCAAGACUACAUUACCCAUCCCCCAACACUGUCAACCGAGAGUCAAGACUACAUCACCCAUCCCCAACACUGUCAACCAGGAGUCAAGACUACAUUACCCAUCCCCCAACACUGUCAACCAAGAGUCAAGACUACAUUACCCAUCCCCCAACACUGUGAACCAAGAGUCAAGACUACAUUACCCAUCCCCCAACACUGUCAACCGAGAGUCAAGACUACAUUACCCAUCCCCCAACACUGUCAAAUAAGAGUCAAGACUACAGUACCCAUCCCCCAAUACUGUCAACCAAGAGUCAAGACUACAUUACCCAUCCCCCAACACUGUCAACCAAGAGUCAAGACUACAUUACCCAUCCCCCAACACUGUUAACCAAGAGUCAAGACUACAUUACCCAUCCCCCAACACUGUCAACCAAGAGUCAAGACUACAUUACCCAUCCCCCAACACUGUCAACCAAGAGUCAAGACUACGUUACCCAUCCCCCAACACUGUCAAAUAAGAGUCAAGACUACAUUACCCAUCCCCCAACACUGUCAACCAAGAGUCAAGACUGCAUUACCCAUCCCCCCCAAUACUGUCAACCAAGAGUCAAGACUACAUUACCCAUCCCCCAACACUGUCAACCAAGAGUCAAGACUACAUUACCCAUCCCCCAACACUGUCAACAAAGAGUCAAGACUACAUUACCCAUCCCCCAACACUAUCAACCAAGACUACGUUACCCAUCCCCCAACACUGUCAACCAAGAGUCAAGACUACAUUACCCAUCCCCCAACACUGUCAACCAAGAGUCGAGACUACAUUACCCAUCCCCCAACACUGUCAACCAAGAGUCAAGACUACAUUACCCAUCCCCCAACACUGUCAACCAAGAGUCAAGACUGCAUUACCCAUCCCCCCCAACACUGUCAACCAAGAGUCAAGACUACAUUACCCAUCCCCCAACACUGUCAAAUAAGAGUCAAGACUACAUUACCCAUCCCCCCCAACACUGUCAACCAAGAGUCAGGACUACAUUACCCAUCCCCCAACACUGUCAACCAAGAGUCAAGACUACAUUACCCAUCCCCAAACACUGUCAACCAGGAGUCAAGACUACAUUACCCCUCCCCCAACACUGUCAACCAAGAGUCAAGACUACAUUACCCAUCCCCCAACACUGUCAACCAAGAGUCAAGACUACAUUACCCAUCCCCCAACACUGUCAACCAAGAGUCAAGACUACAUUACCCAUCCCCCAACACUAUCAACCAAGACUACAUUACCCAUCCCCCAACACUGUCAACCAAGAGUCAAGACUACAUUACCCAUCCCCCAACACUGUCAACCAAGAGUCGAGACUACAUUACCCAUCCCCCAACACUGUCAACCAAGAGUCAAGACUACAUUACCCAUCCCCCAACACUGUCAACCAAGAGUCAAGACUAAAGGAUUUCGCACAAACCAGAGAAAAAUGCAACAAUACGUCUGUGAAACCAUAUAUUCACAGUAUUAUGAAUGAAUUGUGGUUUAUUUAGUAGCAUUUUGUAGUGUGACUGAUUUUACUAUUUGCGUUAGUACUGUACAAAGUUCUUGGUGCGCUAUUUGAUAGAUUCCCUCGCUCCUCCUACCUCGGGCUUCCAGUGGGGUGACCUGAGGUCAACCUAUACCUGCCCCCCUCCCCAUCUCGUACUUCUGAGUGGGAGACCCGAGGUCAACCUAUACCUGCCCCCCUCCCCAUCUCGUACUUCUGAGUGGGAGACCCUUCCCAGGCCUGCCUAGCUCACAAACUAUAAUCAGGGCGCCCACUCCGACAAGGUUAAUUGACCCACAGUCCCACACGGUGACAUGAUGUCAUUGACGUGACGUGCUAAUGAGCGAUAGAAUACCGAUCGCGCAAAUGUCACCAUUCCAAUUUUUUUGGGGUGCCGCGUGCCGCCCCCGGCAAGAUGCCGCCCUGGACGGCUGCCCCAUGUCGCCUAUACCUAAAUCCGCCACCGAUAUUACCUAUGUAGUUCCUAUGUAGCCACCAAUUCCCUCAAUGCCAAUGCUGGACCUGUGCUCUCGCUCAGGUUCAUGAUAUGGGUGGUAAAGAAGUGUUUGGAACCUGAAUAGAACCCUAUUGGGAAUAGGAGGCCAUUUUAAUGCACCUCCCAGUCUGUUAAGCUCCUAAUGAGAUACGCUGGGCUUUAUACAGAUGUCUGCCUGCCUGCUGCCUGUCUGCCUGUUGCAAUGGGAUCACUACAGCGCUUUUAUAAAACGUAUGGAAAGAAUUGUAUUUAUUUUUAAUCAACGUUAUGUAAAUUAAUUAUUAUAAUUGCCUGUGUUACCACAAACAAAACAGCUAUUAGUAUUUAUAAAUAUUGAUGAGUAUUGGAUCAUUCCUAUAUGCUGUAAAUGUAUUACUGAAUGACGUAUAUACUGUACUUUGAAGGGCUGAGAGACUAUCCAUAUUCAAGCUAUUUUAAAGUAUGUAUGGUGUGUUUUCUUGUACACGAUAAAGUAUUGUUUGUUUUUUCCCA